AUGCAGUGGGGUCUAUCUGAGUCCCUCCCAAUUUAUGGAAACUCCCAGGUGGCGCUCUUCGCUGUGCCGGUGUGGUAUGCCACGGAGUUCUUAGUGGGGGUCCUGCUCUGGCGCUUUCCUGCGCUCCCCCUUGUGGUCCAUUGUGCCCCCCUAGGUGGCUACAACCAGCCUCGGUCGAACGAGCUCCGGGACCUGGUGGAGCCCUUGAUGUGGGAAGCUCCCGAGCUGCGGCCCCUGAGAUUGAUUGAGGGCUACUGCUGUGAUUGGGACCAGGUGGACUUUCAGGUGGUCAGACAAGCUUUGAGACAGCUGGCCAGGAGGUUGGACUCCUACUCCUUGCUUGUCUGUGCUGGGCCUCUCUGGCUGUGCCUGCUCUUGCGCGAGGGAGCCCCAGGCUUGCCCCUGCUGGCACACUGCCUCACUUUUCAGGAUCUAGACUUUCCGAUGCCUUUCGAAGAGCGGGUGAAGUGGGUGCAUGGGAAGGUGCUUGAGUACUUCGGCGGCCCCCCGAACUUGGGCACUGGCGCCGGGGUCCUCGUUCAAGAUGACAUGCAGCGCGUGUACUAUCCAAUGGCUUUUGACUUUUCGCAGAAGGGGAGCUUCAGCCACGCAGGUCAGCUGAGCUUUUUCCAGAUGCCUUACAUUCAGGUGCGCUACACCCAGAGGUCACCUUUGGUACCUGAAGCUCAAGCAGAUGGCUGCAGCUUCAUCGUCCGAUGCCGGGACUCAGAAGGUAA